AAGUAAAUUUAUCUUUCUUCCUUUCAUUUUUUAAGCACUCAAUAUCUUGAGAUUCAGAGCUCAGCGGCUUCAGGGAGAGUUUCUUAUACCAAUUCUAAACCCUAAUUCAUACACAGCAUCAAUUAUAAUCAGAAUUGCAGCAUCGUAGUUGCGGUUUGCCUUUCCCUGGAACGAGAUGCUAUGAAUGGUUUUUUGGCAUAUCUAAAACAAUCCGUUCUUCCUGAGCAUGUUGCUUUCCAGACUUUCAAGAGAAACCCUUUUCUCUUCCUACCUCAACAGACCAAUUCGUCAGCCCCCCAUCGAGUCCAGGUAGCAUUUGCUCCAAGAUACAAUUUGUAUGGAUCCAAUAAUUGUAACAUAUAUGGACGAGAAUUCCGGACUGAGUAUCGGAGCUUUAUUUCGGUGAGUGAAAAUAAUAGAGGGCAUAUGAGGAGUUACAACUUGGAGACGUCAUCUUUUUGGAUUAGUCUCCAACAUCCAUAUGCUAGUCUGGCUUCCCCGGAACAGAAAUCGAAUAAGAUGCUUUUGUACUUGAUGGGAUUGGUUUUUACAAUGGUAGGGUGUAGUUAUGCUGCAGUUCCUCUAUACAGGAGGUUUUGCCAGGCUUCUGGUUAUGGAGGCACUGUUCAACGUCGUGAGAGUGUUGAAGAAAAGAUAGUUCGCCAUGCCAAAGAAGGAACACUUACAUCCAGUGAUGUUAUUGUGCAGUUCAAUGCUGAUGUGGCUGAUGGAAUGCCCUGGAAGUUUGUUCCAACACAGAGAGAGGUAAGGGUCAAGCCAGGAGAGAGUGCCCUUGCAUUUUACACUGCUGAAAAUCGAAGUUCAACCCCCAUUACUGGUGUAUCUACUUAUAAUGUUACUCCAAUGAAGGCUGCAGUUUACUUCAACAAAAUACAAUGCUUUUGUUUUGAAGAGCAGCGACUGCUCCCUGGAGAGCAGAUCGACAUGCCUGUAAGUAGUUUUCUUCUUCAAUUUCUAGCUAACUGUUGCUGCUGCUCUUGGAGACUUGUUACACAAUUCUACUUUUCGAUCUGUAGGUGUUCUUUUAUAUUGUCCCCGAGUUUGAAACGGAUCCUAGAAUGGACGGUAUCAACAACUUGAUUCUUUCGUACACAUUUUUCAAGGUUUCCGAAGAAAACUAAUGAAUUUUUACGUUCUUUUGUCAGCUGACAGCUGAAACAGUUUAUUUACUAAGGCGAUAAUUUUUGUAUUAUUCUUUCUUCUGCUGUCCAUUCAAACAGAGUUUAGUAUUCUGUUUGCAAUACAAGUGUUUCCAUAAUCAAUCAUAAAGUGAUUUCGGUUAUGAAAAGCCUGAAAUAGAAGCAAUUUGAUUAUG